AUGAAACUCUUUCUUCUUUUGGUCUUACUGGCUUUCUUCGAUGGUUAUGGUGUUUUCCCUACAAGGCCUAACGUUUUGAAUAUUGGUUCAGUACUUUCUGUUGAUUCAGUUAUCGGUAAAGUUGCGAAAGUUGCUAUAGAAGCUGCGAUAGAAGAUGUGAAUGCCAACUCAAAUGUUCUUGGAGGAACCAAGCUCAACUUGUCAUUGCCUGAUACUAAUUUCAGUGGAUUUUUAGGAAUAAUGGAGGCUAUCCACUUCAUGGAGAUGAAAACUGUAGCCAUAAUUGGACCCCAAUCCUCCGUUACCGCCCAUGUUGUGUCCCAUUUUGCAAAUAAGCUUCAAGUCCCAUUAUUAUCUUUUUCAUCGACCGACCCGACCCUGUCUCCACUCCAGUUUCCAUUUUUUGUACGGACGUCUCUCAACGACCUUUUUCAGAUGGCGGCAAUUGCUGACAUCAUCAGUUACUAUGGAUGGAGAGAAGUAAUCGCAAUUUAUGUUGAUGAUGAUUAUGGAAGGAAUGGUGUAGCUUCCUUAUCUGAUCAACUGUCUAAAAGGAGCUGUAAGAUUUCUUAUAAAGCACCUUUAAGAUCUCGAGCGAACAUAGAAGAAAUAAGAGAUGUUUUGGUUCACGUGGAGUUAACAGAGUCCCGAAUACUUGUUGUUCACACUUAUCCAGAGAGGGGUCUAGACAUAAUGGCUACAGCACAAUAUUUGGGGAUGAUGAAUGAGGGAUACGUGUGGCUUGCUACAAAUUGGCUCUCAACUCUCUUAGAUACUAAUGCUCCCCUGUCUUCGGAAGAACAUAAGAAUAUUCAAGGAGUUAUCACAUUACGUAUAUACACUGCAGAAUCAAAAUCAAAGAAAGACUUCAUCUCUAGGUGGAACGAUCUGACAAGAAAAGUGGAAAAUGGUGCCUCCAUUGGUUUGAGCACAUAUGGUCUGUAUGCCUAUGACACUGUUUGGGUGCUUGCUCAUGCCCUUGGUACAUUCUUUGAGCAGGGGGGAAACAUUUCUUUUUCUCCUGUUCCAAUGUUAAAGGAAUUGCAUAGAGGCAAUCUGAAUUUUAAUGCCAUGAGCAUCUUUGACGGAGGAAACCUGUUGCUUGAGAGCAUUUUAAAGGUCAAUAUGACUGGUGUGACAGGACCGUUCAGGUUUACUUCAGAUAGGAACCUUGUUUUUCCUGCAUUUGAAGUUAUUAAUGUCGUCGGUUCAGGAUCUAGAAUAGUUGGUUAUUGGUCUAAUAAUUCCGGUUUAUCAAUGCGGCCUCCAGAUUCACUCUAUACCAAGCGACCAGAUCGUUCUAGUUCUGAUAAUAAAUUAUAUCCUAUAAUCUGGCCUGGAGAAACAACACUGAAACCUCGUGGGUGGGUGUUUCCACUCAAUGGGAGGCAUCUGACAAUUGGGGUCCCAAAUCGAGUUAGUUUUCUAGACUUUGUUGCUCAGGUACCAGGCACUGACAUGUUCACAGGUUACUGCAUUGAUGUUUUCACUGCUGCCAUAAAUUUGUUGCCAUAUGCUGUUCCAUACAAAAUGAUCUCCUAUGGGGAUGGUCAUAACAACCCAAGUGGCACUGAGCUUAUCCGCUUGAUGACCUCAGGGGCUUUUGAUGCUGCAGUAGGCGACAUUGCAAUAACCACUAAUAGAACAAGGAUGGCAGAUUUUACUCAACCGUUUAUUGAAUCUGGGCUAGUUGUAGUUGCACCUAUUAAGAAGGUUCAUUCUAAUGCUUGGGCUUUUCUUCAACCAUUUUCUCGUAAGAUGUGGUCUGUCGUGGGAAUUUUCUUCCUAUUCAUGGGUGUAGUUGUUUGGAUAUUGGAGCAUAGGAUAAAUGAUGAUUUUCGUGGCCCUCCUAGAAAACAAUUCAUUACUAUUCUAUGGUUUAGCUUUUCGACUCUCUUUUUUGCCCACAGAGAAAAUACUGUCAGCACUCUUGGACGCUUUGUGGUUAUACUGUGGCUAUUUGUGGUCUUAAUAAUAAACUCCAGUUACACUGCUAGCUUAACAUCAAUCCUUACGGUACAGCAACUCUCUUCACCAAUUGAAGGAAUUGGAAGUCUAAUAAAUAGCAAGGAACCUAUAGGUUACCAGCAGGGUUCUUUUGCACGAGAUUAUCUGGUUGCAGAACUUGGCAUUCAUGAGUCUAGACUUGUUCCACUCAAGUUACCAGAAGAUUAUGCUAAAGCUUUAAAGGAUGGACCCCAAAAUGGUGGUGUAGCGGCUCUGAUAGAUGAGCGUACAUAUGCAGAAGUCUUUCUUUCAACGCACUGUGAAUUUAGUAUAGUUGGUAAAGAGUUCACAAAAAAUGGAUGGGGAUUUGCAUUUCAACGGGAUUCCCAGCUGGCAGUUGACAUGUCAACAGCAAUUCUGAAACUGUCGGAGAAUGGCGAUCUCCAACGAAUGCAUGACAAGUGGCUGUUAAGAAGUGCUUGCAGUUUACAAGGUGCAAAGCUCGAGGCAGACAGGCUGUCACUCAGGAGCUUUGAAGGCCUCUUUUUCAUAUCUGGGUUGGCAUGCCUCUUAGCACUGCUCAUGUAUUUCAUAAAAUUGAUACGUGAAUAUAAACAACUUUACUCUGAGUCCGAGUCCGAGUCCACUGGUGGAAGCUUGCGAUCACGGCGACUUCAGGCAUUCCUUUCAUUUGUCGAUGAAAAGGUAGAGGAGGUAAAAGCUCGCUCUAUCCCGAGGCAACAGGAGUGGGCUUCCACUAGAAAUAUUGAACAAAAUGCGUCAACAACUAAUUCUACGGAGCACACAGAAAUAUCUUCAAAUAGAGGCAUCAGAUUUGAAGGUCCAUCUUAG